AUGUCUUGGGCUGCUCCUGAUGAUAUCUUCUUCUCCACUUCCCUUGCUGCCUACUUAGACAAGAAACUUCUUGUCUUGCUCCGUGAUGGCCGGAAACUGAUGGGUCUACUUCGGUCCUUUGAUCAAUUCGCUAAUGCUGUUCUAGAAGAAGCUUAUGAAAGAGUCAUCGUGGGUGAUCUCUACUGUGAUAUUCCCUUAGGUCUAUACAUAAUCCGUGGAGAGAAUGUUGUCUUGAUUGGUGAACUGGACAUUGAAAAGGAAGAGCUUCCUGCUCAAAUGAUUCAAGUUUCAGAAGCAGAGAUUAAAAGGGCUCAGAAAGCAGAGAAAGAAGAAAUGAUGUUGAAGGGUACGAUGCGAAAAAGAAUGGAGUUCCUUGAUCUCGAUUAG